AUGACUAAUUUCCAUAAAUAUCAAGUAGUGAUUAUCGGUGCUGGAGUUGCCGGUUUAACAUGUGCAAAACAUUUGAUUGACAAUGGCAUCGAUGAUUUUAUUAUAUUAGAGGCGGAUGAACAAAUUGGUGGUAGAAUAAAAACAUUGAUAUUGGAGGAUCAUGUUUUUGAUUUGGGAGCACAGUGGAUAUAUGGAAAAACUAGUAAUCCAAUAUACGACUUAGCCGAAGACAAUAAUUUAAUCGAUGAUGUUGAUACUGACUCGGAUGAAAAAGAUGAUUAUUUUCAUGAUCAAGAUGGUGAAUCCAUUGAUGAAGAUCUCGUUGAUGAAAUUCAAAAUGCUUAUGAUGAAAUUAUCGAUAAAGUCAAUAGUUAUCCUGUCAAACAUUAUCCUGAUUUGUCACUAGGAGAAUUUAUUUGUGCAGAAGUUGAUAAUUAUUUAGUAAAGCAUCGAGAUGAUAUUAAUAGGUCUAAACAAGUAUUCGAUUGGCUUAUGAAAGAGGAACAAGCGAAUAUUGGUUGUAAUCGAUUAACCGAUGUUUCAAUACAAGGUUGGAAUGCCUAUGAAGAAUUUGACGAUAAACAAGAAAUUAAUUUAAAAUAUGGUUAUUCUCAAUUACUGACUAUUCUAAUGAAAUCGAUUCCUUACGAUAAAGUUAAACUAAAUACAAUUGUUAAACGAAUAGAGAUUGGAGAAAAUGAUGAUGAAUAUGUAGAAGUCGAAACAAUAGAUAGCAAUAACGAAAUAGUUUCAGAACAUUACCAUUCAAAAUAUGUUGUUUGUACGAUGUCGCUUGGUGUAUUGAAACAAACGAUAAAUCAGCUGUUUCAUCCACCUUUACCACAAGCGAAACGAACAGCCAUACAAAAACUUGGAUUUGGUACGGUUGAUAAGAUUUUUUUGGUUUUUGAAAAAUCAUUUUGGGAUGCCGACUAUAACUCAUUUCAAUUAUUAUGGGACAAUAGUAUUUCAUGGACAUUAAAGGUUUUACAAAAUACAAAAUUUAAUGUAAGCAUGAUCAUUUUCGAUGUAGCUCGAAAACAAUCAAAUGUUUUAGUUACAUUUAUGUCUGGUGAAACAGCUAAAUAUGUUGAAAAUAUGCCAGAUGAUUUGUUAGCAUACGCAUUUCAAGAACUAUUAAGCCGAUUUUUUACAGAUUUACAGGUUCCCGUACCCAUAAAAAUAAUCAGAUCACAAUGGAACAAUGAUCAUUACAUUCAAGGCUCUCAUACAUUUAUCAAGAUCGGUUCAACAACUAACGAUAUUAAAUCUUAUGCAUUUCCGGUUCUAGAUAAAAAAAAUUCUCCGUUAAUAUUAUUUGCGGGUGAGGGAACACAUGAAAAAUAUUAUUCAACAACUCAUGGCGCAUACUUAUCAGGCAUAAGAGAAGCACAACGUAUUAUUGAAGAUUUCACAAAUUACUGA